AUGAAGACGACCACUUUCGCCUCCCUGCUGUUGGCCGGGACGGCCCUUGGCAGUCCCGCCCUGCAGAAAAGAGAUACCGUCACGGCCCAGGUCAACUUUGCCAAUAACACGGGCAAACCACAGCAUCUCGCUUCGGGAAUUCUGUACGGUCUUCCUGAUACCCCGAAUCAGAUUCCUACCAAAUUCUACACCGACAUGGGGUUCAACUACAAUCGCGCUGGUGGAGCCCAGGUUCCGUCGCCUGGAAGGGGCUGGAUCUGGGGUCUGAACGAGUAUAAGACACGCUUUGCGUCCGCGCUCUCCAAUUACAAAACCUCCCGCCAGCACGGCGCGAAAUUCAUCUUCCUGAUCCACGAUCUCUGGGGCGCCGACGGAACGCAGAAUUCCUCUGCACCCUACCCUGGUGACAACGGCGACUGGACCAGCUGGGACAACUACCUGACCCAUCUCCUCAGCGACAUCAAGGCCAACAGCAUGACCGACGGCCUGAUCAUUGAUAUCUGGAACGAGCCCGACCUCACCUAUUUCUGGAAUCGGGACCAAACGCAGUACCUGCAGAUGUGGGGUCGUACCUUCUACAGACUCCGUUCCGAGCUCGCUGGCGUACAGCUCUCCGGCCCCGCAUCCGCGGGCGAACCCCUCGCCAGCAACAACUGGUGGAAGAACUGGGCCUCCUUCGUGGCCACCAACAAGAGCAUCCCCGACCAAUACGCCUGGCACAUGGAAGGCGGCGGCGGCGAUCUGCUCUCCGCGCAGGCCGGCCUGGUCUACUGGCAGAAGACGUACGGGCUACCCGGGCGCCCCAUCAAUAUCAACGAGUACGCCGUGCUCAACGAGCAGGUCCCCGCCGGUUCGGCAUGGUGGAUCGGCCAGCUGGAGCGGAUCAACGCGAUCGGCCUGCGCGGCAACUGGCUGAGCGGGUGGAAGCUGCAUGAUUUGCUUGCCAGUCUGCUGAGCAAGCCCAACGCGGAUAACAGCAACUACGAUCCCAAGGGGACGGGGUACUUCCCCAACGGCGACUACCAGGUGUACAAGUACUAUAACCUGAAUAUGACGGGCCACCGCGUGGGCACGCUUCCGUCGUCGGACCUCAAGCUGGACGCGUAUGCGACUGUUGGGGAUGAUCGCGUUGCGCGGGUGCUAGUUGGUGUGCGCAUCUCCCAGGGGACGUGGCAGUUGCAGUUGAAUAAGCUGUCUGCGCUGGGGCUGCCGACUAGUGGGACGCUGAACGUGCAUACCUGGGGCUUCCCUGUUGCUUCGAAUGUGCAUUAUGGUGAGAUUGAUGGGCCGAAGGAUCUUGGUUGGUAUGGACAUGCGUACUCGGGUGAUUCGGUGACGUUCCCGGUUUAUCAGACGGAUACUACCACGGCGUAUGCUUUUGAGUUUAAGAUUUGA